AAAAACUUUAUUUGAAUAAAACCACUUUUAAUUUCUUAAAAGUAGAAAUAGUCUAUACUUUAAUAUAAUAUCUGUUUUUAACAUUUUGUCUACGUUUUUAUAUUUCUUCUUUUUUAAAAGAAGAUUAUGCCAUCUCCGCUACCUGGUUAAAGAGUACGAAGAUGAGCCGAAAACUCGCUGUGCUUAAAUCUGUUUUUGGAGCUAUCAGGAACAUGACAACUUCCAGUAACGGUGGAUACAAUAACAUCCUCACAGAUAAAUAUGGUGGCAUUAUGACAAUUGCCAUAAACCGUCCAGAGAAGAGAAAUGCUGUGAAUCCAGAGACAGCGAAAGAAUUAUUUCAAGCGUUUACUGAUUUUGAAGAAGAUAAAGAGGCACUGGUUGCUGUUCUACAUGGAAAAGGUGGUAAUUUCUGUGCUGGUUAUGACCUGACAGCUUUAGCAGGUGCAGGCGCAGAUGAAUCAGUGUUUCAGGAACAGCUGUCUAGCGGCCAGGCACCAAUGGGUCCAUCCAGGAUGUGUUUCAGUAAGCCUGUUAUAGCAUGCAUAGAUGGGUACGCUGUUGCGGGUGGCCUUGAACUUGCCUUGCUCUGUGACCUUCGAGUAGUGGAGGAGUCCGCUGUACUUGGGGUCUUCUGCAGAAGGUUUGGUGUACCAUUGUUAGAUGGUGGCACAGUAAGGCUUCAGAAAUUGAUAGGUCUUUCUAGAGCAAUGGAUCUUAUUCUAACAGGUAGAAGUGUGUCUGGACAAGAAGCUGCGGAUAUUGGUCUUGCCAACAAAAUAACUGCUACUGGCUCAGGCCUAGCAGAGUCGAUACAGUUAGCACAUACAUUGUUGAAGUUUCCACAGAAGUGUAUGAAUACAGAUAGACAGUCAGCAUACUAUGCAGCAUACAGUGCAACCUCGCAACAAGAUGCCCUUAGAUAUGAAUAUGAAAACGGUGUAAAAGUGCUAGUGGAGGAAUCUAUACCAGGUGCUCAGAAAUUUACUAAAGGGAUAGGAAAGCACGGAUCAUUCAAUCUGAACAAACCAUCUAAACCGAAACUGUAAUUUAUACAUGUACAUAAUCAAAUGCUGCUUGUUUGUUACUGUGUGAAAUUUUUAUUAUCUUAAUAAAAUUGUAAAAUUUA